CCUGAGGGGGCCCGGGGGGCGCUGAGGGCGCUCGGGGGGGAUUCGGGGAUUUCGGGGGUAUCUGGGCUCCGGAGACCGCCCCCAGGGCCAAGGAGGGCGGUUGGGGGUGGGCUUGGAGGCUCCCCAAAUCCCCGGAGGGGCGGCAGACGCAGCCGUGGGAAAGCCCGGGGCUCCUGGAGAGCAGCGGGAUGUGGAUCCAGCCGCCCCCCGCCCCAAAAACCCCCCGAAAGGGGAGCCCGGGGCUGCUCCUGAGGGAAUUCCGUUCUUCCCGUGCAGCACUUUUACCGGAGGACCCGGAAUGCGGAGCUGAGGCAGGAUAAGUUUUCCCUCGGCGGAAGGAGCGCGUGCCGGGCCAUGUUCUCCAAGAAGAAGAAGCGGGUGGAGAUCUCGGCGCCGUCCAACUUCGAGCACCGCGUGCACACGGGCUACGACGCCUCGGAGCAGCGCUUCACCGGGCUGCCCCGCCAGUGGCAGGGGCUGCUCGAGGAGUCCGCCCGGCGCCCCAAGCCCCUCGUGGACCCCGCCUGCAUCACCGCCAUCCGCGGGGCCCACAAGGCCGAGCACCACCCGGGGCGCCCGCAGGAGGUGACCCCCAACGGGCCGGUGGUCCCCACCGGCGCCUCGCACGCCCCCGGCCCCCCCCGCCCCAAAGCCCCGGAGCCCCCGGCCCCGCGUCCCCCCGGCCCCGCGCCCGCCCCGGCGGGGGGACCCCAGCGCGUGUCCCACGAGCAGUUCCGGGCGGCGCUGCAGAUGGUGGUGGACCCCGGCGACCCCCGCACCUACCUGGACAACUUCAUCAAGAUCGGCGAGGGCUCCACGGGCGUGGUGUGCAUCGCCACCGUGCGCGGCUCCGGCAAGCUCGUGGCCGUCAAAAAGAUGGACCUGCGCAAGCAGCAGCGGCGGGAGCUGCUCUUCAAUGAGGUGGUGAUCAUGCGGGACCACCAGCACGAGAACGUGGUGGAGAUGUACAACAGUUACCUGGUGGGCGACGAGCUCUGGGUGGUCAUGGAGUUCCUGGAGGGCGGCGCCCUGACGGACAUCGUCACCCACACCAGGAUGUCCGAGGAGCAGAUCGCGGCCGUGUGCCGCUCGGUGCUGCGGGCGCUCGCCGUGCUCCACGCCCAGGGCGUCAUCCACCGCGACAUCAAGAGCGACUCCAUCCUCCUCACGCAUGACGGGCGGGUGAAACUCUCGGAUUUCGGCUUCUGCGCCCAAGUGAACAAGGACGUGCCGCGGCGCAAGUCCCUGGUGGGGACUCCGUACUGGAUGGCCCCCGAGCUCAUCUCCCGCCUGCCCUACGGCCCAGAGGUGGACAUCUGGUCUCUGGGGGUGAUGGUCAUCGAGAUGGUGGAUGGGGAACCCCCUUAUUUCAACGAGCCCCCCCUCAAAGCCAUGAAGCUGAUCCGGGACAACCUUCCCCCCCGGCUCAAGAAUGGCCACAAGGUGUCCCCAUCCCUGAAGGGGUUCCUGGAGCGGAUGCUGGUGCGGGACCCGGCGCAGCGGGCGAGCGCCCCGGAGCUGCUGCGCCACCCCUUCCUGGGCGUGGCGGGGCCCCCCGCCUGCAUCGUGCCCCUCAUGCGGCAGCACCGGCUGCGGUGAGACCCCCCCCCACCCCGGGGGAGCCCCCCGGCCCCCUCCUGCUCCUCCUCCUCCUCCUCGGCAGCACCCCCAAACUGGAGCGGGACUGGGAUGUUCUGGGGGACACCGGCCCCCCAACCUGUACUACUGAGCUGGGGACCCCACAGCAGAGAUUUUGGGGAGAGGGGAGGGGUGGCCGUCACCCCAGAGAUUUGGGGGUGCAUGGGCUCAUCCUGGUCCCUCCCGCCAUUGGGACCCAUUUUGGGGCGUUUUCCCCUUUUUUUGUUUUUUUUUUUUAGCCUCCUCUUUUCUACCCACUUUGGGCACUGGGGUAUGGCCCCCCUACAUCAUCUCCGUGAGAGGGGGGGGUCCCCAAAACUACAGCCCCCCCCCUCUCCCCACCACACCACACUACUGAUUCGGGGUGUGUCCCCCCCUGGACCUUCCUCGCCUGUUUUUGUUGAUUUUGGGGUUUUUUUUGGUUGGUUCCUCCUCCCCCUGGAACUCCCCCCUGCACCCCCGGUUUUGUUUUUUAACAAAGUGAUAUUUAUAUGGUCGGGUUUUGUACCGCGCGGGACGGGGGGGCCCCGGGGGGACACGGGGCCCCCCCCAGAUUACACGUGUCCUUUUGGA